AUGACGCCCGGCGCCCGCUACCCCGCCGUGGAGAUCGCCCCCACCCAGGUCACCGAGACAGAUGAGUGCAAGCUGAACCGCAACAUCUGUGGGCACGGGGAGUGCAUCAUGGGCGCUGCCGGCUACACCUGCCUCUGCUACUCGGGCUACCGCUGGCACCCGCAGCGUCGUUUCUGCACUGAUGUGAAUGAGUGUGAGGCGGAGCCGUGCGGGCUGGGCAAAGGCGUGUGCAUGAACACGGGUGGCUCCUACAACUGCCACUGCAACCGCGGCUACCAGCUCAAGGUGCACAAGGGCGUGCGCUCAUGUGUCGACAUCGACGAGUGUGCAAAGCCCCAUGUGUGCGGGGACGGUGGCACGUGCACCAACUACCCCGGGCACUACAAGUGUGACUGUCGCCCUGGUUACCGUGUCAAGUCCUCGCGCCAGCCUCUCUGCAAAGACAUGGACGAGUGCGAGGAGUCCCCGUGCAAACACGGCUGGUGCGAGAACCUGCCCGGCUCCUUCCGUUGCACCUGCCAGGACGGCUUCGCCCCCGCGCCCAACGCCCGCUCCUGC